AUGGCCGUGAGUGGGCGCUGGUUGGUGAUGGCGAGCGUCUGUUUCUUCAGUCAAUUAAGUGUUGUUUCAAUUUUUCUGGAGCCAUUGCUGCAUUUGCAAGUUGUUUGCCACAGGUCUGGAGCCUCUGGAGGGACACCUGUGAAAAGAGUGUGCCAUGAUCCCACACUCUGGAGGCAGCAGCUAGUGGCCCCUGCAGGAUGUCUGGAUAUGCAGUGUGUUGCAGUGGUGAAGGUUACUGACAAUCAGGAGGAACUGUCUCCACCUUCUUCUUGCAUUGCAGGUGAAAUGUCAGUAAUCAUUGCCAUUUUGACACGUGCUGUACCCAGAUUCAGGACACUCUUCCCCGCCGAACAGCAUCCGCCUACAGCCCCUGCUACUGCACAGGAACCACAAGCAGUCUGUGCACUAGAGGCAGUCCUGGAGGAAAGCUAUUCCCAGUGACAUUGGAUUUUCUGCAUGAUCAAGG